AUGGUCGACUCAAACCUUCCAACAUGGUACUCUCGCUUGAGUGGUCUCAUCGCCAAAGAGGAUCGGGAUUUGAAUCCUGAAGAUUUUGAUGACGAUCUCUCCAGCCUUUCUGCUCCCUCUAUCGAUUCUGAUGCAGAUGAUGAUGAGGACGAGGUCGAUCGGGAUGAUACCGCGUCAGACAGAUCCUACAACGGGUCGGAUGCUGAUUUCUACUAUGAACUCAAAGCGGAACGUCAAGAGCGGAAGAUGGAGCUCCAGGAGAUGAGAAAAUACCACGAACAGGCCAAGGACAGCCAGCGAACUUUUGAUCAAGAGAAGGAGAGGGAGGUUCAAGAGAUGUAUGACGCUGUCAAAAAUGCAAAGAAGCAGAGCGAAUCACCACUCAAGUCCAUCGCUGGCCAGUCUUUCCGCCUAUAUUCUGUGGAGCAUGUCAACUAUUGCUACAGCUCUGGCGUGUAUCCGUCAAAGUAUGUCGAGUUCUAUUGUUUGGACGAGGACAAUCCUUUGGACCGACCCUCGCCAGCAAGGCAAGCUGUGCAAAUGCACGGACACGUCUAUUUGAAUUCAGACACUGACUGUGAUUUUGGACCGUUCUUCCCGCCCAAACAAACCGGACUCGAUGAGUUUCAAUUGAUAAGCAUCCGCGGGAAACACAAACUCACAUUUCAACUCCUCAGCAGCGACUACCUAAAACUGAAAAUUCCCCGUGAAGUAGCCUUCGCGAACAGGGAUACACCAACGGAUGCGCCUGAGGUCUUUGAAUUUGCAGGCAUCCGUUUUGAUAGAGAAACGGAAAAGGCCAAAAGAAAGAGAAAACGCUCCCAAUCCCCACGGGAAACCUGGUUUGAGAUGAAUCAUCCGAUGGGCCGGUGGAACCAAAUCUGGCUGUAUUGA